AGCCACCUUUUUUCCUGAUCGCUUUCAGGUUUGGCUUGCGUUGAGUCCUCUGCCUCUUGGUUUCGAGUAGCUGGUUAAAUUUCACACUUAAGGAGCCAUAGGGUACGGCGAAAAGGAACAUAAACGCUGGCCAUGCCAGCUUUUAAAAUGCGAUUUGUAGCCCCUUCAGCUCUAAGCCAUUUGUACUCUGCCAAAAGGUUGUACAGAUUACUAGAGUGACUUGGCCACUCAAAUACAAUAUAUAGAUACAAUUUAAUUAGUAUUAGGACAGACGGACAUGACCAGCUCGACUCUAGAGUUCCCAUCUGGAAGGGCAUGACAGAGUCCUGGCAGGCCUUUUAGCACGUGUCAAAAACUCAAAGAAGAAGACUAUGACUUUGAAGUCUACAAAUCAUAUUUCUCUGAACAAGUGAACUGGCAACAUGUCGAGCUCCCAGAACAACAACAGCAGCUGGAUCGAUUGGUUCCUCGGGAUCAAGGGCAACCAGUUCCUCUGCCGCGUGCCCACCGACUACGUGCAGGAUACGUUCAACCAGAUGGGCUUGGAGUAUUUCAGCGAGAUACUGGACGUGAUCCUGAAGCCGGUGAUCGAUAGUUCCUCUGGCUUGUUGUACGGCGAUGAAAAGAAGUGGUACGGCAUGAUUCACGCCCGAUACAUCAGGUCAGAGCGUGGCCUGAUUGCUAUGCACCGAAAAUAUUUGCGAGGAGAUUUUGGAUCGUGUCCCAAUAUCUCCUGUGAUAGGCAGAACACCCUGCCAGUGGGCCUCAGCGCUGUAUGGGGCAAGUCAACCGUCAAGAUCCACUGCCCACGGUGUAAAAGCAACUUUCAUCCGAAGUCUGAUACACAGCUGGACGGAGCGAUGUUCGGGCCCAGCUUCCCGGACAUCUUCUUCUCGAUGCUGCCGAACUUGACAUCGCCCCUGGACGACCCACGUACCUAGGCUUUCGGUUGCACCAAAGAGCUUUGAUGCAACUCAAAUCGCCCAAGCCAAAGAAUAU